CCCAGUAAUAGUGAUUUGCUCAAGUUUUUUUGCGUAUUCACGCGUAGGUGUCUUUCACCAUAGGCUUUAACCACAGGCAGAGAGAGAGAGAGAGAUGAUAUGUUUAUUUCCUUGACUUGGUUUGAAGGCAAAAUUUCAGGUAGAGCUUCUCUAUACUCUUGAAAAAAGGACUCAUGUUUUCUCUGACUACGUUCUUUCUUUUUUUUUUAUCCAAUCUAACUAAAUCGAUUGUACAAAAAUUAAAGUCACUUAAUUGCUAACUCUAAAUCAAGUACCCGUAUAAUUAUUAUGAUAAUAUACCUCGUAGGAAUUCCUGCUCCUAAUUCCAUAUUUCAAUGAACACACAUCAAAGAUGAAAAGUAUAUUGUUCAGAUAAAUCUUGCGUAUAUUUUCUAUAACCUUAAAUUUAAAUUCCCCGGACAAAUUGAUCAAUCAUUCAAUAAAAGAAAUGAAUGUAAAUCAUUGUACAUUGAACAAUAAUCAAACAACUGAUGAAUUAAUCAAAGAUUCGAAUAAUCAUAAUCUUAGAAUAGAAUCAACAACUGAUACUGAUAUUCAUCCAGUUAAUUAUUCAAAUUAUCAUUUAGAUUCAAUGAAUUUCUUAAAUUUAAGCGAAAAUACAUCAUGGUGUUCAUCAAAUUCAGUAAUACCAGUGUUAUCGACAACAUUAACAUCAUCACCAUCAUCAGCAGCAGCAUGUGGUAUGUCGACGGUGACACCGACAACACUUUCAAGUAAUAUUAUAAAUCUUGAUAAACGAUCACAGAAUAAUACAACACCUUCUUCACCCUUAUGGUAUAAUAAUAAUAAUAAUAAUUCAUCAAUGAAUGAAUUAUGGUCUAAUUUUGGAGAAUAUGGAGAUCCCGGUAUUAAAGUGAAUUCACAGUAUGAUCUAUGCAAUCCUCAGCAUCAUUCUUCCCAUCUACAUCAUGAUGAACAUCAAAGUCAACAUUACCAGCAACAACAGCAUGGUAUUCAACUGCCUCAGAAAUCAACACUAGAUAGAUCCAAUGACUUUCUGCAAUCCAUUGAAAAUCCUUCGCUUAGUUUAAUUCAAACACUAUCACCAUUGUCCUUAUCAACAAUCAAAUCGAAAGUGACAUUAAAUACUACUGGUGAUCACGGUGAUAUGAGUAAAUUGAAUCAACAGGAUGAUCAAUAUACUACUACUACUACUAAUCUUCAUAUAAGUAGUAUGAGUAGUCAGUUGACUUCAGACAGUGAAAUAUUUCAUCAGUAUGGGAAUAAUAUAACUAGUAAUAAUAAUAAUAGCAACAGUGAUAAAUCAUUCCAAGGUCAUGAAACUACAAUGUCAUUUCACGAAAAUUUAGCCUUCCUACAAACCAGUCCAACGAAGUUUUUAAAUAACCAUCAUCACCAUCAGUUGCCUGUAGAACAGGUGGAUUCAGAGUUAAAUCAAUAUAAUCAUCAUCCCCAUCAUUCAUCCAUACCUUCACAGUACAUGCAUUCACCGUCGUCUCAUCCUAUUCCACAGUCAUUGCUCCCUGGUCAGCCUCCGCUUGCAGAUCCACCUCCUUCACAUCACCAUCAACCGUCUCAUCAUCAUCAUUCGGAUGAACAAUUACAGUCUCAGCUACAACAAAACCAUCGAAUUCUAUCCUCUACAUCAAAAGGUUCAUCUGUUCCAUUGCCUGUCCCAGCUAUGGUAUAUCAACAUCAACAACAACUACAACAAAUUAAUAAUCAUUCAAAUUUCCUACAGAAUUCAAACAGUCAAUCAUCAAAACAAUCAUGUCAUGCUAAACCUCCAUACUCCUACAUCAGUUUAAUUACUAUGGCAAUACAAAACUCUUCAACACGUAUGUGUACCUUAUCAGAAAUUUAUCAAUUUAUUAUUGAUUUAUUUCCCUAUUAUCGUCAACAUCAACAGAGAUGGCAAAACUCGAUUAGACAUUCAUUAUCCUUUAAUGAUUGUUUUGUUAAAGUUUCAAGGAGUCCAGAUAAACCAGGUAAAGGUUCCUAUUGGACAUUACAUCCAGAUUCUGGUAAUAUGUUUGAAAAUGGUUGUUAUUUAAGACGACAAAAACGUUUUAAAGAUCCUAAACGUGAAGUAAGUCAUCGUAGUCAAAGGAAUAGUACAACAAGUACUAGCGGUAGUCUUGUAAGCAAUCUGACAUCGACUUCAUUGAUUACUGGUAAUAACGAAACUGUAAAUACGUUGAACAUUAAAAAUACUCCUAAUAAUAAUAAUAAUAAUAGUCAUCAAGUUAUACCAAUGAAUUCAAGUCAUCCAACUGGUGAACACCUACUAUUACCAACGGGUAUGAAACGUACCUAUUCAAAAACGGAAUGUAAUGGUCUGCUAAGUGUGAAAACAGACAAUCUUCUUUCACAUAACAGAACGAAAUCAUUUCCUAUGGGUUUAUCGAAUAACGCCAAUGAUGACUAUAAUGAUGUUGACGAUGAGAAUGCGGAUAAUGAAGACGGAGCUGAAGAUGAUGAUGGUUUUCCUGAUGAUGAUGAUGAUGAUGAUGAAGGAAAUGAAGAAGGUGAUUUUGAUAUAGACGAUGAGGAAGAGGAUUAUGAUGAAGUAAACGAAGACAGUGAAGAAGUAAUUAUCAAUGAUCAAAAACAAGAAAGAGUCUCAUUAUCAGAACAUCAACAAUAUUAUCCCCUACAACAGCAUCCUAAUUCAACAUCACCUGAAUUAAAAACUUACCCAUUUAUGCGUGAAGUUAUCAAUGAAAAAUCCUCGAAUAGGUAUAAAUCAUCUCAGUUAUUUUUACUCAGUCCAUAUGAUAGUCGUGAGUCAACCAAGUAUAUUACAGAUAUUAUCUAUCCAGAAAAUAAUUAUGAACAGUUUAGACAUUUUGUUAAUUAUCCAGAACAAUCGCCAUUGUUUUCACAGAAUCAACAAACACAACAAAUAGAUGCUUAUGCGGAUAAAAGUAAUUUUGAUCCAUCACUGAAACUUAAUCCUCCUACUACAACUACUAGUGGUUGUAGUGUAAAUUAUAUCAACGGUAUGCCAGUGAAUACAUUUAGUUUGUGUAAUUCCAACUCCUGUCCUUCCUCGUCGUCGUCGUCGUCCUCCUCCACCUCCUCAUCGUCAUCAUCAUUAUCAUCGGCAACAGCGACAGCAGCUGGAUUAUACGGUAGGAACAAUACACUGAUAGAUUCCCUUGGUGUGAAUGAAAUGAUGAAUCCAUCGCAUCAGUAUUUUUCAUCAAUUCCUGCCAAUCUUACAUUACCUUUGUCAACUACAUAUCAUCCUCAUCAUAUGCAACAACGCCAACAACAACAACAACAAACCCGUCAAAAUUCCCCAGUAAAUUUAAUGUCAGAAUUCUAUUUCCACGAGAAUGAUGCGCAUAAUCCACAUCGAUAUGCUGUGACAAAUAAUUCAUUUAAAUGUACACAUAUUUCGAGUAUACUUAAUAACAACAAUCAUAACAAUAAUGAUACUACUAUGAAUCAUACUGUUAGUAGUAUUAACAAUAUCAUACCUUCAGAAAAUGCGAAUAUUAUACCAACAGUUGAAAAUUGUAAUGUGUCAUCAUUUAAUCAAACAUACAAUUUUAGACAACAACAGGCGAGCAAUAAUAAUAAUAAUAAUAAUAAUAAUAAUCAAUCGUCUAUUAUAACAACAGAGACAAAAUUACCGCUACAACAAUAUGAUAACAGCUAUCAACAUUUAUCGAUUCAUACAAAUCAAUAUAACAUUCCAGUUGAUGAGAUAUCCCUUAUCAGUUCAAAUGUUCCUUAUAAUUCAUCAUCAUUUUUAGCGCCAUCUUUGUCAUGUUUAUCCCUAUCAACGUCAUCAGCAUCAUCAUCAUCAUUGUCCUCAUGUAUUCCCAUGACACCGUCAACAUCAUUAAGCACAAUGGCUGGAAACUUUCCUUCACAUAAUUCACCGCUAACACAAAUGGCAACAACUGGAGCGCUUAUAAACUCUGCCUAUUCAUUAGCUAAACCGCUACACAACUAUCAAUCAGAAGUAUUAGAAUCAAAUAUAUGGAACAAAAAUUAUUUACACUUAAUAGAGUCUAAUGAUGAAAAGUCAUUGAAAUGUAUUGAAGAAGAUGGUAAAGAAAUUCAAAGAAUUGACAAUUUACCUGUUCAAUGUAUCAAUGGUGAUAAGCGGAAAUUUAAACAAAAUAACAAUGGAGGGCAAAAUGAAGGCGAAGAAGAAGACGACGAAGAAGAAGGAGAUGAAGAGUUGGUAGGAGAUUAUACUAACGCUAACAGCGUUGAUGUUGAUCAUGAUGGAGUAUUAAAUCGUAGUGAAGUAUCAAAUAAACCCUUUUCAAUUGAUCAUUUAAUGCAUUUUCAAAAUCCUGAUUUAGAUAUGACAAAUACAACAAAUACAUUAUUACAAUAUGCUACAAAAAGUGAUAUUUCUGUAUUUGAAAAAUUAAGAUCUUCAACAUUUCGAUUGAAUGAUAUCACCGAGAAUAAAUCGACAAUAUCUAUACAUGGUAGAUGA